ACAAAUUAAUUGGAAUGGGUGCGCAUUUUGAUGGUCCCUCUCGUUUACCUUUGACGUGUUUGACUCCACGCGCAAAUGACGUUUGCAGGUAACUCCCCAGAUCAGAGAAAAUUAAGAGAAUGCAUCAUCUGUCAUCGAGAUUCAUUGUAGCGUCAAAGUGCAGCGUCGCAGCCCCAAAAACGUAUGUGAUACAAAAGAUUCAACAAGGCCAGCGAUCAAGCUGUCAAAUUAUUGUCGCAUCGUUCGUUCAUUAGGUGGAUAAUCAGAGAUAUAUCGAAAUAAUUCAGGAUGUCGGAAACGAAUGAUAAUUCUUAUAACAUAAACGGACAGCAUUUUAAUCCCGAUAUGUAUCUUCAAAAAAUGCUUAAGGAAUGUAGCCUCAGACAGAUAAUGGAUAACGAAACUGAAAUCAUUCGCGACACGCAGACACUUCAUUCUGAUAUGCAAACUCUGGUCUACGAAAACUAUAAUAAGUUCAUUUCUGCAACAGACACCAUCAGAAAGAUGAAAAAUGACUUUAAGAAAAUGGAAGAUAGCAUGGAUUCCCUUUCCAGUAAUAUGGACAGUAUUACUUCAUUCUCGGAGCAAAUAUCUUCGACUCUUCAAGGCACGAGGCAACAAAUAACGAGACUAUCUUCUGUACACGCUCUCUUAAAAAAGUUACAAUUUCUGUUCAAAUUGCCAGCUAAAUUGAAAAACAGAAUGAAUGAAGAGCAUUAUUCUGAGGCCGUUCAAGACUACAUUCAUGCUCAGCGGGUCUUGAACCAAUAUGGAAACAUGCCUUCGUUCCAGGGGAUACAAAAAGACUGCGAAGAGAUCGUAGAGGAACUAAAAAUCAAACUCAGAAUCCAAUUCCAGAGUCGAGAUGCAACUACCAAGUCUUUAGCUGAGAGUGUGGAUCUCCUGCUGCAGCUCAAAGAGCCUCCGGAGUCUUUGUGCAAGGAGUUUCUAAUCCAUGCAGAAACAAGGCUAAUGGAACAACUGGAUACACUUAAGGACAUGUGUGAAAAUGACGUGAUAGAAUUCGUUGAUAUGGGAAGUUCUGGAUUUUUAAGCGACCUUUGCUUGAUCGUAGCUUCUUACAAAGAUAUGUUCGUCAACAGAACACCUCUAGAUGAUAAUGAAUUCAGCGACGAUUUUGAUACGAAAGCCAUGGCAAAGUUGGACAUCUUCAUUUUAAAUAACGUGAAGAAAUAUUUCGAUCUCGUCGGCAAACGAGUCGAGGUUGUCGGGGACACAGCAAUUUUGGUGCGUGCCCUCGACAGGUUUUACCGACGCUUGCAAAUGAUUAAUACGUUGUGUAAUGAAAAUGACUUUGCUGGAACUGCCACGGAGAUAGUGAUAAAUGCCGGUCGAAAGCAGUGCAGAAAUCAUUUGCAUACCCUGAAACAGCAUCUCACAGAGACGCUUGCAACAGUCAGGCAAACUCUAGCGGCUAAAGUUACGCAAGACGGAGAAUCCGGUCUUGCAGAACUCCAAGCAUCCCUUGUGAUGCCCACAUUAGAAAAGGUCAAAGGGAUACUGCAAGACUUACUGGUGUUUCUACAGCCAGAAUUGUCAUUCGGUGGUAAAUCUCAUUUUGUCCAAUGCUUCUGCGUCGAUGAAGUAAGAGAAGGUCUCGUAAUCGGGUUCCUUCAUCAUCUAACGGCUACAGCCAGUGGUUUUUGCUCCGGAUCCGACGUACCCAAAUUCCCACCUGCUUUACUUUUAUUAUUGAGUAAAAUGUGCAUAGAAUUUAAAGAGACGAGUGCUCAUUACUUGCUGAUGACAACAGACGAUCUUUUCAAUAUCGAAAGACACGCAUCUUCGACAAAUUUCAUUACCCCGGAGAGCGAGAUUUCCAACAAUUUUCAAACAGCUGCACAAAAUCUAUUGAACCACUACGUGCGUCUUCAAGGCCUCUCCGUUUCUCAAAUGCUCAGAAAAUCUGUUGAAACUAGAGACUGGCUGCAUACCAUCGAACCCAGGACUGUGAGGGCAGUCAUGAAAAGGGUUGUCGAAGAUGUGACAGCAAUGGACUUGCAGGUUUCUGCCUUGUAUGACGAUUCUGAAGGGCAAAUCGACAGAAGUAGCGAUAGCAGCCGAAGAACUCAUAGCGUCAGUGUCUCAAGGCACCUAUAUCGUUCUAACUGGUCUUCGUACACACCAAGCCACUUGGAUUCGUCUCUGGUGACAAACAUUCAUAAGCUGUUUUCAGAACGCAUUGAAAUAUUUUCUUCGGUCCAGUUCAGCAAGGCCUCCAUUCUAACUGGAAUUAUCAAGAUCAGUUUGAAGACGUUCCUGGAGUGUGUGAGACUCCGAACUUUCAGCAAAUAUGGUCUGCAGCAAAUUCAAGUCGAUACCCAUUAUUUGCAGCUCUACUUGUGGCGGUUUGUCUCUGAUGAAAACCUCGUGCAUUUCUUACUCGAUGAAAUAUUGGGUAGCGCAGUUCAUAGAUGUUUGGAGCCAGUUCUAAUGGAGCCCAGCGUUGUUGAUAUUAUUAGAGAUUUUCCAAAUCUAAUCACAAGAAUUUCCCUCCUAUCUAACGACGAUGGCAAUAUCUCCGUAGUUCGAAAUACCGGUAUGCGUUUAAAAGAAGUUAAGGCCGAUUGAAACCGUUUAACCCCUCUUUGG